UGGGUUUCUUAGAAGUAAUUCCUUAUAUCUAGACUCCCCAAACAAAAAUAUCAUAUGAUAUUUUAAAAAUAUUUUGAUUUAUAAAUGUUCUCUAUAGUGCAUGUUGGAAGUGGCAAGGAAAUGACAAUGGGAGAGAGUGAGAUUAAUGAGAAUGGAAGAGUCAUUGGGAAGUGGAAGAAAAGUGUGCAUGUUUUUGGUGAGAGGUUAAGGAGAUUUCCUUGUUUGAUUUGGAAAACUAUAUGGAAUCUUGGAUAUGAAGAUCCAAGAAGAGUGAUUCAUGCAUUCAAAGUUGGUUUGUCAUUAACUCUAGCUUCUUUGUUGUAUCUUUUGGAGCCACUUUACAAAGAGAUUGGACAAAGUGCAAUUUGGGCUGUUAUGACUGUUGUGGUUGUGCUUGAGUUCACUGCUGGGGCAACUUUAUGCAAAGGGCUCAACAGAGGAUUAGGGACACUGAUAGCUGGAUUACUAGCAUUCUUUGUUGGCUAUAUAGCAAAUGCGUCAUCUGAUAGAGUCUCUCAAGCAGUUAUCAUUGGUGCUGCAAUUUUUCUUAUAGGAAGUUUAGCUACUUAUAUGAGGUUCAUUCCUUAUAUAAAGAAGAACUAUGACUAUGGUCUAGUUAUAUUUCUCAUUACAUUUAACUUGGUUGCUUUGUCAAGCUACCGUGUGGACAGUGUCUUGAAGAUAGCACAGGAUCGCCUAUACACCAUUGCCAUAGGAUGUGCCAUCUGUCUUAUAAUGAGCCUAUUGAUGUUUCCAAAUUGGUCAGGAGAAGAUCUCCAUAAUUCUACCGCUUUCAAGCUUGAAGGCCUUGCCAAAUCUAUAGAGGCUUGUGUAAAUGAAUACUUUUAUGGAGAAAUUGAUAGCCCUGGAGAUAUCAAAUCGUCUGAGGAUCCCAUAUACAAAGGUUAUAAGAAUGUUUUGGAUUCAAAAUCCAUUGAUGAAACACUGGCAUUGCAUGCAAGUUGGGAACCAAGGCAUUCAAGGUACUGUCAUAGAUUUCCAUGUCAGCAGUAUGUAAAAGUUGGAGCUGUUCUACGCCAAUUUGGUUACACUGUGGUAGCUCUACAUGGCUGUUUGAGAUCAGAAAUUCAGACACCAAGAUCUGUUAGAGCCAUGUUCAAGGAUCCAUGCAUAAGACUAGCAGCAGAAGUAUCAAAAGUGUUGAUAGAACUUUCCCACAGCAUAAAAAACCGUCGCCAUUGCUCGCCUGAAAUACUCUCAGAUCAUCUUCAUGAAGCUUUACAGGACCUCAACACUGCCAUAAAGUCACAACCUCGUCUCUUCUUAGGCUCCAAACACAAGUACAACCAAUCUAACAACAUGCUCAAGGUAGCUGCUUCACAAGUUGCUCAAGGUAGACAUGGAAAAGCCUCUGGAUUCUCCUUAUCAAGUGUUAAAACUGAUUCUUGUGCAUUGUUUGAAUGGAAAACAAAAAGAGUUCCAUCUGAGGAAUACUCAAAGGAAACUGAAAGAAAGUCUUUGAGACCUCAGUUGAGUAAAAUUGCAAUAACUAGCCUUGAAUUCUCUCAGGCACUUCCUUUUGCUGCUUUUGCUUCUUUGCUUGUGGAAACGGUGGCGAAACUCGACCUUGUUAUUGAGGAAAUUGAAGAAAUUGGGAGAUUAAGUUGCUUUAAAGAGUUUACACCUGGUGAUGAGAUUGUUGUGACUUGUGAGGAACCCCUAGUUGAUGUGUCAAGGAACAACUUACCUUCUCAUGGAAUUGAAUAGACUAAUUAGGUGAAAGAAUCAGAACCAUUGGUGCAUUAUUUCAUGGAUAUAGCUUAUGCAUGGUUUGUCAUUUGAUCAAUGAAUGAUUGUGAUGAACUAAUAUCAAACAUGAAUUAUUUGAGUAUGUUUUAGACUAGUUAUUUAUUAUUAA